GCUGAGCUGGGAUUGUGGGUAGAUUACAGGGGCCUCCGUUCAGGAAACUGAGUGACCGUCUGGAUGAUCUGAGCACGUACCAACUGAAGAUGCAGUUCUGGCUCUACAGGUUCUCCGUGGUGCAGGGAGAUGUGGAGGAAAACCCAGAGAGGCACAUGGCUCUGAAGGAGGAGUUGAAGAGAGCGGAGCAGCUUAUUCUGAACCGCCACGCGUGUGUUAGAGCUUCGGAACUGAUGAGACAAGACUGUCUGACAAGCGAAGAUCAACAGAGCUUAUCUUUGUUGCUGUCUUGGUUGCAGAAAGUGAAUGUGGAAAUGAGUGGCGAAGGCCCAACGUAUACCAUGGCGAAGGACGUCCUACGUCGUGCCAGCAAGUUUCAGUACCUGAUGGAUUCUGAGCACUGCUCAAUCUGUGAUCAAAAUAUCCUUUACUGUGAAUUCUUUUCCUCUGGUUGAUGGACGGGAGAGGGUGAAUGUGAGGGUUGUUAGUUUGUCAUUUUACAGAUGCUCUCGCGU